GAGAAUAAACAAGAAGGACCGGCCAUGAAUUUAAUUCUUAUUUCCAUGUAUAUGAUUCACCUUUGUAUUGUAGGAACUACAGGACAUGCAUGUGUGUAUUUGUUUCCAUGACUGUAGACCAUCCAGACUCUUCUUGUUUCAGACACACCCGCUGGACACAGAGGUUCUUAGGGUGAAAGCUGAAGACGGAGACAUCUCAGCAGACUACAACAGAAUCACAUAUUCACUGGAACCAGAUACUGAAGACUUCAUGUUGACCGACUCGGGGGCUUUUAUCUUGAAGAAGCCUUUUAACUACAAUGUUGCCCCAAAGUACAACUUCACUGUGACGGCCCGGGAUGACUCGGGGUGGAAUGACACAGCGACGGUGGUGAUCAACGUUGAGGACUUUGAUAACAUGAAUCCCUAUUUCAGCCACAAUCUGUACCAAGCCUCUGUUCCAGAAAAUCAGAUUGGAGUUUUCACUGCAAUUUUCCCAGAGGCGAUUAAGGCUCAGGAUGGAGACUUCGGGAUCAACGAGACUGUGAUUUACAGCAUCGCUGCUGUUUCCCCAGACAAGUAUAAAUCAAACUUUGCCAUCGACCCCAACAGUGGAGUUAUAUCUGUAUUGACGGCCUUCGACAGAGAGGAGAUACGCAGCAAUAUGAUCUUUAUCAGCAUCCAGGCAGCUCAGACCAACAACAGUUUGAAAACAGCUGGAUCUGUUGUGGUCGUCACUGUUGAGGACAUGAAUGAUAACCCUCCAGUGUUUGAUCAGACCAACUACAACGUCACGCUUAUGAAAAACUCUCCUGUUGGUGCUGUUGUGCUGAAAGCUACGGCCACCGAUCUUGACCAGAGCUCCGCCACCAUCAGAGUGAGUCUCACCGAUGUCAACCGGCCUGAGUUCAGCUCCAGUACCUACACCAGCAGCCUAGUAACAGACGCAGAGGAGGGGAAGCUGCUGCUGACACUGUCUGCCACCGACCGGGACAUUGGGGAAAAUGCAGUCAUCAGCUACAGUUUCUCUGCUGGAAGUUCUCCAUAUUUGGCCUUAAACAGUGAGACUGGGGCUGUGACUUUGACCUCUGCCAUUUCUGAUGUUAAUGAGGAGACCACAGUGGAGCUGACAGCCAUGGCCAAAGACAACGGCGUGCCUCCUCUCAACUCCACAGCUCAUGUCAUAGUGAAUCUGAGGAUCAUCAGCGUGGUGGAGACUGUGGCCUUCCAGAAUUCCUCCUACCACUUUAAGUUGCCUGAGAACCAGCCGGAGGGGGUUGUCGUUGGGGAGGUGCGGGCCUCAGCGGGAAGCGGCAUUUACAACAUCGCCUACAAGCUGAGAACGUACAGAGAACUGUUCUCCAUCAACAGCAGUGGAGCCAUAACGACCAGAACAGCACUGGACAAGGAGCAGCAGGAGUGGUACAUCCUGGACGUGGAGGCUGUGGACACAAGCAGCCCCAGUACGUCAGCAGUGGCUCUGGUCAGAGUUCAGGUGGAGGAUGUUAAUGAGGCUCCACAGUUUUCCCCUGACGUCUACAAAGCCUCCGUGUUCAGCCUCGCAUCAGCUAAUACCCCAGUCACCUACGUCAAGGCCUCAGACCCUGAUGUUGGAGAUGAGGCUGGUCUGGUCUACUCUGUGUCAGAUGAAUCUCAUUUCAAGGUGGAUUCGUCCACGGGGCAGGUGUCUGUGGUCUCUGUAGCGGAUCUGGCUGGAAAGACGACCACGGUGGAGGUGAAUGCCACAGACCGCAGAGGACUACAGGCUACAGCCAAGCUGGAAGUGGUGGUGGUGGUAACGGAGAUGACGCCUGAGAGUUCCGACUCCGACUGGAGUGGAGAAGUGCCCCUGCUCAUCGCUCUGGGCGUCUUGUUGGGCCUGACCCUCAUUGCACUCAUCAUUACCGGCGUCCUUCUCUGCGAGUCCAAGAUGAAGGGGAAACCUCACAAAAAACCAGGCAAAGGCAACUUUGACUCUGAAGACUACAUGUACUGGUCUUAGGGCGCUGCUAAUCCUUGGAAUCAGGCUAAUAAGGACACAGGCCAUGACAACCACGUGUCUUCCCUAUGAACUCUGGACGGGAGAAGCUUUCAAAGCCUUCAAACAGAUGCGACGUAAAUCUGAAUCCUGCCUGAAUCUCUUUCUCUUGUAAAUGAAUUAUUAUCUCAACAUCAGAUGGAGAGGAGGUCUUCUGAUGUGUGUAUUUUAUUUAUUUAUUUUUUGGUAUUUCAAGUUUGUUUUUAAAACUGGAAAAAAAUACUCUUCAUUAAAUCCUACCAACAAACAGAAACAUUUAUUUUGUUCUAUCUAAAACCAAAAAGAGAAAGUUAACAUUAGACUUGGUUUUCUUUCUACUAAAAUAAAUAAAUAGAAACAGCUGUUAUUUUCCUUAAAUGGACCAGGAAGUUCUGUUUCGCCUCGAAAAAUUACUUGUGGAUGUUCCCAGGGUUUCUGCAGGUUUGAACAAGUGAAAUUUAAGACUUUUUAAGACAAUUUUAAGGCCGUUAUGAGUUAAAUUUAAGUGCUUCACUUCACUUUUAUUCUGAUUAAUUUAUUUAAUUGGUUUAAUUUUUAAAUGCUUGCCUUAAAUCCACCUGAGCCUCCUAACUCAGUGGUUUCAUCUAGCACUUUAUGAGAACAGACUGAAUGUAAAAUGUGCGCAGCCUCUCUGUCAAAUAAAAUAAUCUUUGUUCAUGUUAGUGGAAAAUGCAUUUGCUUUUUUUUUUAUUAUUUAUUAUGUAUGCAGCUGUUAUCACCUUUAAGAGCAGAAACUCACUUCAACAUAAAUCAGGUUGUGAUCUCUAGCUCAAAUAAAACUUUGGUAUCAUCCA